AGCAACAGUAGCUAACCUCAUGAAUAUUAAUGAACGGAAGUGACGUAUUGCUUGCAGUCCGCCAUUCUAUGGUGUCGUAAGAAAUACUACAUUUCCCAAAAUGCAUUUCUCACCCAUUGCCAUGGUAGUAGGAAGCCAGCGACACGAUGGACAACCGGUUACAGCUAGUACCCGGUGGGAUGAAGCCUCUUUCUUUCGUUAGCCAGUUUGCCGUGGAUGAACCCGAACAAGGUGUCGUCGAGACACGGGUCGGGAAUCGACAGAACCCCGUCGGGAGCCAGGUGAGGGAGCUCCAGGUAACAGGGACAGCAGAGGUUAGCUCCCCGGCAGAUAGAGCAUCGGUGCGGCUCAGUGUGGGCAACAGCAAGGCGACUGUCAAUGAGGUCACCAGUAGCGUGUCAAGGCGACUGGAAUACAUUUUACAAGCCGUCAGACAACAUGGAGUCCGAGAAGACGACCUCACUGUGAGAAAAUUCCUUCACCGGGAUGAAGAAUUGUAUCAUAUGAAUGCAGAGGUGACUGUCACCUUCUCUGACUUUGAAAAGAUGGAGAAUGCGUGCAGCAUCCUGCUGGAGAAACUGGACAAAAGUGUAUUGGUGGGCCAGCCUAAAUUUUUCCACAGUGCCGAAUGUCUGAACCAAGUCAGGCAGAGUGCGUGCGUGUCGGCAGUGGAGAACGCCCAUCAGAAGGCCAGCAGAGUCAGCCAGCUGCUGGGGCAAACCCUGGGAGCGCCCACCCUGGUGCGAGAGGAUGAGACUCAGGAGUGGAAGAGCCACAAUGAUGAUGAUGAUGAUGAAGAGGAUGGCAGAAGAAGGCUGGGUCAAGACACUGCCUCCGCCCAGGCUGUCCCGCUUCCUCGCAUACCUAGCGUCACCGCCUCCUCGCGGGUGUCCGUCUACUUUCGAAUACGUGAUGGAAAUAGGAAGAAAUUCUAACCAAAAAAAUGUGUUCUAGUUGGAAGUCGUCCUCAUGAACCGUCAUCGACGUCCUCGGGGAAAAUUUCUCUCAGCCACGGUUUAGGCACAAAGCGAUCGCCGUCGAAAUGAGUGAAGAACUUAUCCAAGUUGGGAAUUUUUGGCUGAAGACACAUAACAAUUAAUAUAGAUAUUUUUGUGUUUUGACUUGUAUUGUGAUUUUUGUGCUCCUACUCUGGUCCCAGUGAGACGUUGGAGCGCAGUCUGGGGCAGGUAGGCCACUACUAUAUGGUGAGGACCUGGUCCACUGAAGAAAACCUUGUAAUGAGGAGUCUUUGCUGCAACAUCCUUAAAGUUAUCCAAACAUAACAUGUCAGGGGUUAUGUCAAUAUACAUCAUCAUCAUUUGAUGUUUAAGUUAUUAAAGCAACACUUGAUAACAUAGUUUUUGGUGAUUUUGGCAACGCAGGUAGACAAAAGUGGUAGUGUUCUGCAUAAUGGGAGGCCCUGCGCAAGUGUUGGAAAGUCCUGAUGAUUUUGGCGACGCAGAUGGACAAAAAAGGUAGUGUUUUGCCUAAUGGAAGAACCUGCGCAAGUGUCGUAAAGUCCUGAUUGGUGGUGGAAUGUAAACAAGUGAAAGUACUUGGUUACUGUACUUAAGUACAUCUUUGUGUAUAUUUACUGUACUUGAGUACAAAUAUGAAGUGGUACGUUUUACUUCACUACAUUCUAGAGCACGUAUCUGUACUUUUUCCUCCACUACUUUUUAAAUUGUCGCCUGCAUUACACGUUACUUUUGUUUUUUUUCUCUUUGUGAAUUGAUAGUUUUGUUUUAAUGCCUCAGGCGCAAUCGAUAACCACGUGCAACUAUACCGUAAUUGAGCACUAGAGGCAGCAACACGAGUAUGUGCAAGAUUAGGCAGGUGAACAAGAUAUUGACUAAUAAAAGCCAAAAGUGUAGAAGCGCGCCUUCAGAUGGGUGCUGCACACUCUUGUACAUUAGGUGGUGGUAUGCACUUGAUACUUGCCUGCAAUCUGCCAUCAAGCUAAAUUUUGGAGUUUUAGAGCUUGUUGAGCUUCUGUUUAAAAUGCAGUCGAUUUUAUUGCUUGUUUUUUCCAUUCUGCACCGUUUUAAAUAAAAGUGAGCAGUCAAUGAAUUUUCUGGUUCUUUCUUUCUUUCAAUAUUGACUCUGAUCUCUGUAUGUAUGUAUGUGUAUGUAUUACGUAUAUUUGAAAAAUAUAUAUAUGGCGGAAAACACAGACAAGGUUGAAAAAAACGUUUCUGUUCUUGCACCCCCCUUUAAAAUAAACUGCUGUCUUUUAAGCCAAAAGAACUGUUGUGUUUGAUAGAACAAUACGUCUAUAUGCUGCCAUAGCAGUUUCAUGGUGCAUUAAGCCCCCAAACAUUUUAAUUUGUCCGUUUAACCCUGGAGUCCCCCGUUUACAGACGCUGCGCAACCGCUUUUGUUUCAACUCAGCCAUAAAAAGAAGGUAAGUAAUUAUAUUUUUUAUUCAAAAUGUUUAUCAUUUUUGUCUUAGAUUCUUAUAAUUAAUGUCUAAUAUUUAGUUAAAAAAAAAAAAAUCUAAAAUUAUUUACUCACAUACCUGUUUACAGUGCAGUCGAUUUUAUUGCUUGUUUUUUUUCCAUUCUGCACCGUUUUAAAUAAAACUGAGCAGUCAAUGAAUUUUCUGGUUCUUUCUUUCAAUAUUGACGCAGAUCCCUGUAUGUAUGUAUGUAUGUAUGUAUGUAUAUUUGGAAAAUAUAUAUAUGGCGGAAAACAGACAAGGUUGAAAAAAAAACCCGUUUCUGCUCUUGCACCCCCCUUUAAAAUAAACUGCUGUCUUUUAAGCCAAAAGACCUGUUGUGUUUGAUAGAACAAUACGUGUAUAUGCUGCCAUAGCAGUUUGAUGUGCAUUAAGCCCCCAAACUAUUUUUAAUUUGUCCGUUUUACCCCGGAGACCCCUGUUCACAGAUGUCGCGCAACCACUUUGUUUCAACUCAGCGAUAAGAAGAAGGUAAUUAUAUUUUUUAUUCGAAAUGGUUAUCAUUUUUAGCUUAGAUUCUUUAAUGUCUAAUAUUAAGUAAAAAAAAAAAAUUAUAAAAUUAUUUACUCACAUAUUUUAAACUUUGAAACAACACACUUUACAAUGGAAAAUAAUAGUGUCUCUAAAUACGUCACGGAUAACUACCUUCUAACUAUUGCUUAAUUAGAUUUUUUUGCUACUGUUGCAUUUUCCCCCAUAUCUUAGAUGACAAAUAAUCGUUCUGUACAAAGAAAAAUUGAAAAAAAAUUAUAAAGGGUAAAUAUUUGAAAAAGAAAAUCUCAACCACUCCUUGAUGUCUGCGAUCUCUGCUUUGCGACCCUUGUUAUAUUACCGUGUUUCACCCAUAAAAUCCUCAAAAAGUCCGGCUUUGGCCAUUCACAGCUGUGUCUUGACACUCGGUGAGACAUGCUACACGGAGUUUUUGGAUCGAAACAAGUACGCGAUAAUAUCUUGUUAAAAUCAUGGUGUCUUUAAUUAUGCUCUCUCAUGCGCUUGACCUCGAGUUAGAGUUUAGGGGUUUUAAU